GCAACCUUACAAUACAGCCUUAAAAUUACAAAUUAAGCUGAAGAUGGACAUUGAAGAAUUUUCUUUCAAUACACCAGACUCAGACUUAGAUUUCAGCUUUACCAGCUGCGCCUCCGCCUCCACCACCACCACCACCACCGAUCGAACUCUUAGCGCACGUAGCAGCUUAGCACGCAGUAGUCUCACUCUCAGCUUCAAUGACCGCCUUUCCACCACCUCCACAACCACCCCUUCCACCGUCAUCCCCAGCCUCCACCACCGCCCUCACUCCCGCCACAGCAACCCCAACUGGGAAGCUAUUAAGGCCGUCACCACAUUAUCCUCCGACGGAGCACUUCACCUACGCCAUCUUAAACUUAUCCGCCUUGUCGGCUCUGGUAACCUCGGCCGCGUCUUCCUCUGUCGUCUACGCGAUUAUGAUCACGCAAACUUCGCCCUCAAGGUCGUUGACCGGGAUUCCUUGACUUCCAAGAAACUAUCUCAUGUUCAAACUGAAGCUCAAAUCCUCUCCUCGCUUGAUCACCCUUUUCUGCCUACACUCUAUGCUCACUUGGAAGUUUCUCAUUACACUUGCCUUCUCAUGGAUUACUGUCCAAAGGGUGAUCUACAUUCCUUGCUCAGCAAGCAACCCGGAAACCGGUUACCGGCUCAAGCGGUCAGGUUCUACACAGCUGAAAUUCUUUUAGCACUUGAAUAUUUACAUGCACAAGGUAUUGUGUACCGUGAUCUCAAACCAGAGAACAUAUUGAUCCGUGAAGAUGGCCACAUUAUGUUAUCAGAUUUUGAUUUGUGUUUCAAUUCUGACGUCUCACCAAAAUUAGAAAAUCGGACCGAGAUUAAGUCGGGCUCGAGAAAAAGUUGUUUCAGUAACCGGAAACAGGAUGAACAGGUCACUGAGUUUGUAGCCGAGCCAACGACAGCGUUUUCAAGAUCGUGUGUUGGGACCCAUGAGUACUUGGCGCCAGAGUUAGUCAACGGCAAUGGCCACGGUAACGGAGUCGAUUGGUGGGCGUUUGGCGUUUUAAUAUACGAGUUGUUGUAUGGGACGACCCCGUUUAAGGGAGCGAGUAAGGAAUCCACCCUGCGCAAUAUAGCAUCUACAAAAGGGGUGAGGUUCCACUCGGCAGAAGGAGAAAGGGAGGAACCCGGGAUGGCCGAGGCACGGGACUUAAUAGAGAAGUUGUUGGUUAAGGACCCGCGGAGGAGGCUAGGGUGUACCAGGGGUGCAACCGAUAUUAAAUGUCACCCGUUUUUUAACGGAGUUAAGUGGCCGUUGAUUCGUACAUACAGACCACCGGAAGUACGUGGGUUGGCCAUUAAACGUAGCAAGAGUAAGACGAACUCGAGUUAUUUGACCGGAGUUUUGACCCCGAGAAGGCGUUGCUUUUGGAAGAGAUUAAGUUAUUUGAUGAGGAUUAAGGGGUCCAAGUACAACUUAAACUCUAAUCACAAUUAUUAUACUUACAUUCAUAACAAGAACAAGAAAUUUACUUGAGAUUCUUAUUUGAAUUUUUGAUCUUUUGAUUUUGUUUUACACUUGUAUGUCUUGUAAAGCUUUGUAAAUUAGGUCAGAAUAUACUCAUAUUUUAGGUGGAGUUUUUCCAUUGUGAGAGAGACUAGAUGUAAAGGAAGUGAUUUUU